AUGUCCCAGUGGACAUCAGAUGCAUCUCAAUGGGCUUGCAAUGCAUCAGAAUCUGAUGUGCCACAACUAGCUGCAUUCCAUGAUCCUCCAGAGGAACAAUGCAAUGAUGAUGACAGUUCUUGGCUCACACCCCACUCCAGUUUCUCAGCAAUCUCAUGCCCAGAAAGCGAGCUCUCAGAUGACCAUGUCAAGGACUUCACACUGUGGGCUCAGAAAGUGGCAAGUAAAUUUGAACUGAAAGCAGCACAGUUCUUGGAGCUUAGCACAUUCAUUGAUGUUGGGAGGAAACUGAAUGCCACAGAUCUUUGGUUGCAGAUCUGGCAGCAGGCCACUAACUACAAAAUUUUAAAUGGGAUCAAAGAAAUCAAGGUGGAAUCAAGCACAAAGACUGCCAUGCAGAAGGUGACCUCUGGGCUCAAAGGCAGUUUUCAGCUUAGCAUGGACCAGAUGAUGCAAGUAGCUAUCACCUGCAAGGAUAUGCUUGUCCAAGCUGGGUGCACCAAAUACAAGAUGCUGCACAUCAAUGUCAAGGAUCAGCUCAAGUCACAUGCAGACACCCUGGGAUUCCAGAACAUGUUUGGGAACCUGGUGCAUGAACAGCACUUCUAUGGAAGAUGGCAUCAAUACAUUGUGGGUCCUGGAGUGGAGAGCAGGGCUGAGAGUGGUGAAGAAACAGGCUCACUGAGUGAGCCUCCUGCCAAACAUGCCAAGUCAAUGAGUCACAAGGCCCCCCCAGGAAGAGUGAAGACUGGCCAUGACUUUUGGAGUGCAAUGGACCACUUAUUCAUCAAGGAUAUUGAACAGUAUGGAAAGGGCAUGAAAAAUGAACAUUGGCACAAGUUUUUCAACUCCAUCAUCAUCAAUGAUCAAGAAAGUUAUGGGAAGAAUGCUGAGAUGAUAUUACCUGUGCUGCCCAGCAUCUACACAGAGUCAAGAGGAUCCCCUCUGCUGCCUCCACCUGCAGCCACUUCAUCUGCCACUCCCACAGUCACUUCAUCUGCCACUCCUGCACCCCACCAACAAACCCAUACCCUGCAGUCUCUGCCUGAUACAUCAAGCACCUCUGCUCAUGGCAGUGGUGUCCUGCCAGACCUGUCUCAAACAUAUGGUGAUGACAAUAUUUUGGGUGAAGACUUCUAG